AUGUUGAAAGACCAAAUGAACGAGUACACAAACCUUCGUCAACCCGAUGACGAAGAGGAGGAACAAAAGUCUGAUGGGUGGUUGAUAUGGUCGAUAUGGGUAAUGAUGACUAUAGUAGCUGUAAUAACCUUUACUGUAUCAUUAAUGAGUCUUAUAUUUUUCAAAUUAAAAAUGGAGUCAACGUAUCAGACCUUCCAACAAUCGACUUUAAUGUUAGCGCCAAAAGUCUUUACGCUUGAUUCUUAUCGUCUUCCGCCCCCUGCAGAGUGGGCUGGCUUUGAUUGGGGAGUAGUCGAAAGUAUUCUCUUAGGAUCCGUCAAUCGUGUGAAUGAACAAUCGAAGUGGAGGUAUCCACGUAUUGAUCCUGUUGCUUCAAAUGAUUUGUACAAUCGCUUAGAUAGUAGUAAUAUUCCCCCUGAGAGUAACACUAGAUAUACAGCUUCCUUCUAUGAAGCCAACAAUGAUAGUCUGAGAGUUGAAAUUGGGUACACAUCACAUCCAUCAACAACCUUUUCCAUUGGUAGAGUCAAGGAUUCGUUAAUGAAAGCUAACAACUACCCGAAUGUCCCACAAGACAAACCACUCCACCCAAUCAUUUUAACACACGCGUCGUAUAAAAAUAUCCGCACGGUCGGUGGAAAUCCAUUUGAGUUUGACAUGUGCUAUAACCAGAACUGUGAAGUGUUGGACCAAUUCACUGCACGAGGGCUUCGGUCGUUUUCUGUGGUCGGGUGGAAUGACAACAUACGAUCACUUGGUUCCAUUCGAUCAAAUGGAGAAGCUGCUGUGUUCCAAGGUGGAUUUAUAGUGAGAACGCCGUCACAAGAUGUUGGUCACACCCUCGCAUAUUUCACAGGAAACUUUUCGGACACCAAAGAGAAUGAAAUCUGCCCGAAUUUGCGGUUGAGGAAGAAUUGGAAUCCAUGUCAAACUCAUAUUGAAAGCACUUAUGGUAUGAAGUUUGACGAUGCGAAGUAUUAUAGUCGUGGGGAGAAGGAAACCAUCACUUGUAUCCAUUCCCUGAAUACUCCAACCGCGUUAAUUGUUAUUCUCGACGAUGGAAAUAAACUUAUGAAGACAUAUGACCUCAAUGUGAAUAACACGUACUAUUUAGUCACUUCACCGAACGCAUUUCCAAAGUACAUUAAAACGUAUAAAGAGGCCGUCUACGACAUUUUAUUGAAGGAAUGCAACAAACAAGAAGAAUGUAACUUUUUGGGGUUAAAAGAAGUGUCAGAAGAGUUGAUGGGAGAGAUCUUUAGACCACAGAUAUUUGUGAAGAACGGAGAAGAGUGUUCUUUUGUCUUGUUGCCAUACGACACUUUGAUGCGAAUGAAUUUGUUACUUCGACCAACUCGAAUUAAUAAAUUGGGAAACUCAUUCAUGUCGUACGACUUUGUUUAUUAUAACUUGCAGAUGAAUAGCUCAUUUGAAGAGAGUUACAAAAAUGUGAAAAUGGUUGAAUUCAACGAACGACUGAACAAAGGAGAGGACGAUUUACUCUUCUUUCGAAUCAAUUAA